ACUUUUGGAGGUGUUGUUACGGAGAGACUGCUGAUGAGCUUGGGAUGUGUGUGGAGGAAGUAGAGCUAUGGAAUUCCCUCUGGCUGGUAGGAGCUAGCUGAGGGGUACUAUAUACAGGGUAGAGGGGGUGCCAUCCCUCCCUUAAAUCCCUCAUGGGUACGACUUUCUCUGUGAAGGAUACCUAGAUGUGUGUUGAUUUUGGCUCCUCACAGAUCUAUCUACAGACUGCAGAGAGGAAGUGUUUCUUAUGGAUAAAUAAGGAUCUGAGUGUCCUCUCUACUUACCUUGAUUCCGUUGUGGAAUUCAACAUAGGAAUCGGGAGGGAAGACGUAACACAGUACAUGUUAUACUCGGUGUCAUCCCCGCCUCAAGUACAGGAAUAAAAAUGAGUUGAAUAGACAUAGAGUAUCAAGCUCCGUUGAAUUUGAUUUAGUAAGGUAAAUACCAGUGUACCAGGGGACAGUGAGGACAAACAGAGGAGUAACAUGGAGGAUCUACUGUGAAUACAAGUAUUUAUGUCUCUCUGAAUAACAAAAAAAAAAACCAUCAUGUUCUUCCACCGUUCCAAGAAGUAUUCUCUGGUGACACCAGACCGGUACUGCCCCCAGUCAAGGCUGAUCGACUGCAAUGAAAGCUUACCAGAUUUAAGCAGAGGUUUCGACAACAUGGACCAUACUCGCAGGCGACACAUUUUGUUCAGAAAAUUUUUCCACUCCUCUUAUGAGAAGAUAGUCCAUGAGCGUCGAGGGAGUAUGCCAUUGGUGUCUGCUGGUCUGGACGAGGAAAACAUGGAUACCACUUCCACACCGUCCAAAAUAGCGAACUUCUUCAUGAGGAAGGGGUUCAAGACCAAUUUAAAACGGACUAAAAGUGUUACAAAACUAGACAGGAAAAGGUCGGCAUCCAACAUCUCAGAAAGUGAUACCAACGGUUCAAUUGUGGGUUCCUUGAAAAGGACAAUGAGCUUGGGACGUCUUACCAGAAAGCGUAAUCGUCAGCAGCCUCCAUUUGAAACACCUGCGCCACAAAACCAUCAUAGCUUCCCUUGUGACUGUGCGGUUCUCAAUGCGGACAACAUCCACACCUGGUCCAUCAUCAACUCUCGAAUCAGGUCAUCUCGUUCCCAUGAGUCUCUGCUGACAAAUUCCGUGACAAUGCACUCGAUUGACCUCGCGUCCCAGGAGCUGGACAUUAAGCCUCUACACAGCAGUAUCCUGGGACAGGACCACUGUUUCCAAGUGGCAACCUCACAUGGCAGUAAAUACAUCUCAUGUCGUACAGCAGAGGAACGCGAGAAAUGGCUCGGCAGCCUCAGAAAGACAGUCCAGCCAAACCAGGAUAAUGUGAGAAGGACAGACAACUCCCUCAAACUCUGGGUAAAGGAGGCCAAAAAUGUCCCCUCAAAAAAGAGGUAUUUCUGCGAGAUCUGCUUGGACAAAACUCUGUAUGCGCGUACGUCCAGCAAGACCAAGGCAGACAUGUUGUUCUGGGGAGAACAUUUCGAGUUUAACAACUUACCUCCAUUAGAAAUUGUCACGGUCAAUUUAUUCAGAGAAGCAGACAAGAAGAAGAAAAAGGACAAAAAUUGCCUCAUAGGUUAUGUCAAUAUACCAGUGGCUGACAUUUGCAACAGGCAGUUUGUAGAGAAAUGGUACACAACAAGUUCAGGGACAGUGGGCAAGAUUGGCAAGGAGAACAAGAGUGAGCUCCCCUUGGUUCGGUUAAAAGCACGUUUCCAUGUGGUGGAUAUCCUUCCCAUGGAGCUCUAUCAAGACUUUACACAGUACCUGAGUCAGGACUACUGCAAAUUGUGUGAGGUCUUGGAACAGAUAGUCAGCGUCCGAGAAAAGGAGGAGUUGGCUACAACUAUGGUCCAUAUCAUGCAGAAGCUUGAAAAGGCCAAGGACUUCCUGUCUGAUGUCAUAAUGGCAGAGAUAGCACAGCAAGAAAAUCAGAACCUGACAUUCCGAGGAAACACAAUAGGGACCAAGGCAAUGGAAGCAUACAUGAAACUUGUUGGAGAAAAAUAUUUACACGACACACUGAGUGACUUUGUGAGGACCAUCAUUGAUUCUGAGGAUGACUGUGAGGUUGAUCCCACAAAGUUAGUUAAUCCUGCCCAGCUGAACAACCACCAGCGCCUCCUGGAUAUGUACUGUGAGAUGGUGCUGGCUAAGAUCAUCAACUCACACUGCUAUUUCCCAUGCGAGUUACGUGAAGUGUUCUCCAGCUUCCGUGAUCAAUGUGAUAGGACCAGUAAAGAGAAUUUUGGAGACAAUCUUAUCAGUGCCUCCAUUUUUCUGCGAUUUUUGUGUCCAGCAAUCUUGUCUCCAAGCCUUUUUAAUCUAACACAAGAAUACCCUCCUGACAAGGCAGCCAGGAAUUUAACGCUGAUAGCUAAGACUGUCCAGACACUUGCCAACUUCUCCAAAUUUGGAGGAAAAGAAGAAUUCAUGACAUUCAUGAACGAGUUUUUAGAAAGACAAUGGGGGAGCAUGAGGAGCUUCCUUCAUCAGAUAUCUAGCACUGAGGGGUCUAACCAGUUCCUACAGUUUGAUGGUUACAUUGACCUGGGUAAGGAGUUGUCUGUAUUACACAGCCUGCUGUUGGAGAAUCUGGAAAAAGCUGACAAGGAAUCUGUGGCCAAACUGGGGAAGCUGCCUACUAUCCUUGAUAGUUUGAACCAAGCUCUGGAUGACCCUGAGGUAGAGAAACGUAUCCCGGUAAAACACAACAGGAAGUCACAGAUCUACGACAAUCUAGUCAACCCUCCACAAGCUGGUACCUCCCCCACGGAAGUCCUUCGUGAAAUGUUACGUCAUUGUGGGGAAGAGGAUAUCCCAGUUCUCUCAGGGAGACGUGGCGCAAAGCACGGGUCAGUUCACGGUAGUUUUGAUGGGAGUACAGGUGGCAGCAGUGGUCGCAACCCUGCUCGACAUCUCAACACAAAUGAUGAUUAUGUAAUGAUUAGGGCUUUAAAUUCUCGCAAUGAGAGUGAAGUGUCAGACGUUUCUGUAAGUUCACGUUCAAACACGUUAGAAACGAACCAGUCAUGGAAUGAAAUAGUGAACGCUGCAGAAGGACUCAAUGGAGAAUACAUAGACUUGUUAUCAUACAUCGAUGAGGAUCCACAAAACUCAAGUAUGGAGCUAGAACAUAACAUGAAUGGUAGCCAAAUGUCCAUAAGCCAAAUUUCAACAAUUGCAUCCUCUGGGUAUCAGUCGUUUGGUUACAGCCAAUCCAAUUCACCUGUGGAACCCUCCAAUCAGCAAGAUGGUAUCAACCGUGACUAUUCAUCCAAGUCGCCCUCUGGUCACCACUCUAUGCAACCAUUGUCCUUCUCGAACCCUAUGUAUCGUCACAUCCACUCCUCAUUGUCGAGCUCUCGUCAGAGUGGGACCCCUACCCCCAUGCAACAGGGCUCAACAAGUUCGGGUUCCCUGAGCUCUGAGGAAGAUUCUAACACAGUUAAACACAGAAGUCCCAUUAAACAUGCUGAUAGGGGUGAAUCGACAUCCUCCACUUACAGUAACAAUGGCAAUGCUGACCCUCUCCGGAAUCUCGCGCCUAAACUGUCCAGUAGCAGUAGCAGUGAAUCUCUACAGGACCAUGACAGACAUAGAUUUUCUCGGUCCUUAUCAAGUCCUAAUAAUGACCCGGUGAAAUUUUCGUUGGACUUUCACAGCUCCUGUCCAUCACACAUAUUUGAAGACUUUAAUAAUAGUAAUGUGUCAUCAACGACAAAUGUGAAUAAUUCAUACUCCCUAAGUCGUGCUCCGUCUCGCCCUCAUGAACUUUUACACACAGGCAGUGUGGAUUUUACGUACAUGCGACAAAAGUAUGGUGACCAAAUGCGCCGGACUGCCACAGACUCUAGGAUAUCACAAAACAGUACACCUGUACAUACGCACAGUGACAGUGGUGUAUCCGUGUCCAAUAACCGUUCACAGAUGUCUCCCGAGGACAGUCCCGCUCACCGCAGACUCUCACCACAGACAACUGUACACAUGGGGAUACGGUCAGUUCAACGCAAGAUCCACGAACAAGAGAAGACCAAACAAGAAUAUGAACAAGAGGUAGAGGUGUUAAAACAGCAGGUAGCUGAUGCCCAAAGACGUCUACAAAACGCGGAGAAGAUGCUGCAAGAACAACAGUCAGGUACGCAUCUGUUAGUCGAGGACUGGCAGCUCCGCCUCGAGGAAAGCGAGGAACGAAUGAAAAAGCAACAGACGGAUAAAGAUGACCAAAUGAAAAAUAUUAUACAAAGACUCAUGACGAUAGAGAAUGAACAGGAGGAAAUGGAAAAGAUUGUACAUCAGAAGCAACGCGUGAUUGAAGCCCAGGAGAGACGCAUUCAGUCCCUUGACAACGCCAAUGCUAAACUCAUGUCAGCCCUCAGUCAGCUGAAGGAUCAGUACAGUACAUCACAGCCAAGGAACGGUAUGAUCGGGCCACUACGCUCUAAACUCACGCCAUCCGAAUUCGCAGAAUUUAAGACAAGUUCUUGUUGAAAUGUUAGAGGAAGAAAAUGAUAAAUGGACCUUGUUUUAUAUGGGAUAUAUAUGAUACAAGCUUGAUGGUGUGAAUUUGUGUGCCAGAUCAAAUGUAGACAACUUUCUGGAACAUUCUUUUUUCUCAGAUUUUGUACAACAUAACAUUGGUCAGUUAACAUUGGUCAGUUUUGAGGCAGUUAUCAAAUGAUAUUAUAGAUAAACUGUUUGGAAUAAAGCAGAAAUGGACAUGGCCAGCUGUUUGGGAACUUGUCUGUAACGGCCAGUACAUUCAGACUCAACAGGCAAGAGUGACCAGGUCAUUCUCAGAAGAGGCUAUUUUGUGAUAUUGUAUUGUGUCUACUAUAUAAUCAGUGCUACCCCCAAAAAGGAUUGUGUAUCAAUGGCCAUCAACUUAAAAGUUUAUGGAAAGGACUUGUGUAGAGGCCAAAUACAGGACAAAGUUGUAUAUAGGCCAGCUACAGGACAGGUUUGUGUAUAGGCCAGCUACAGGACAGGUUUGUGUAUAGGCCUGCUACCAGACAGCCUUGUGUAUAGGCCAGCUUCAGGACAGCCUUGUGUAUAGGCCAGCUACAGGACAGCCUUGUGUAUAGGCCAGCUACAGGACAGGCUUGUGUAUAGGCCAGCUACAGGACAGCCUUGUGUAUAGGCCAGCUACAGGACAGCCUUGUGUAUAGGCCAGCUACAGGACAGGCUUGUGUAUAGGCCAGCUACAGGACAGGCUUGCGUAUAGGCCAGCUACAGGACAGGCUUGUGUAUAGGCCAGCUACAGGACAGGCUUGUGUAUAGGCCAACGUUAGAGCAGGCCUAUAUUUAAGUAAACUAGAGAGCAAACUUCUGCAUUACCCAACUACGGACCAGGCUGGUGUAUAUAACUACAGACCAGGCUGGUGUAUAUAACUACGGACCAGGCUGGUGUAUAACUACGGACCAGGCUGGUGUAUAACUACGGACCAGGCUGGUGUAUAACUACGGACCAGGCUGGUGUAUAAUAAGCUGUUUUCUGUAUCCUCUCUAGUUUGACAGAGAGGAGAAACACUAGUGUUCCUAAGGGAGGAUUGCUGUUGUUGUGUACAAUAUCUAUUUAUAAACAUGUGUGCUUGUCUGUGAUUAUCUGGACCACUUUAAUGUAUUUAUUUGUUACUGUUGGCCUCUCCCCUCUGUAGCCAUGAUAGAAUGACAAGAAAUGGUCCGAUUUAUAGGGAUGAGGGCAGUCUGUCAAAUAACCAGGAAGAUGUUUCAGCUCCAAGACGGUGGAUAGAUCCCAACAUACACUUAACAUAGAUGUUCCUAAUUUGGGGCAUGGGUCUAAAAUGCUAACCAUGGAAAGACAAAUCUAGAACAAUUUGACAGGGAUAUUUCAAUUCUGUGCAAUAGUUUUGCCUUUUGUUUACGUUGUGUAAAUUAUAUAUAUUACAUAUUUGUUGUUCACCAUUGAUAAAGUCAUGCAUUAAACCUAUGCAUUAUAUAAUUACUUUGUUAUUUUUGUCGAACUGCUGUGAUCAUGAAAGCUACUGCAUUCAUUGCUGUGAUCAUGAUGUCAUCGGUAAUAAUGUAUUCAUUUUCUGUGUCCUCAACAUUUAUCAUAACAUAUAAAGACUGGUCUCCCAUGGAAACCUUGCUAUAUGGCAUAAUAAAACAUGGUUUGUUUACUACACACAUCAUGUAGAGACACAGAUUUAAUUCAUUUUGUAUUAUAGAUGGACUGUACAUUUGAUUUCUAACUCAGUGCAAUAUUUUCUAUAUGAAAAAUCCUUAGACUUUCAACUUACUAUCGUUGUACACUAAUUUAAGCUGAUUUGACUGAGGACUGCUGCCAGUAAACAUUACAACACAACCCAAUAUUUCUGGUUUAAUCUGUAUGACUUGUACCUGGAUGGUUUAAUCUGUAUGACUUGUACCUGGAUGGUUAAAUUACAGAGAUAAUAUAUCAUACUCACAUAAUUAAGUUUUUUUUUCUGUUUUUUUUUUCACAUUUGGUACAGUAACCAGUAACUGUUUUUACUGUGUCUUCCUUAGACUGAUCUAAAUUCAUGAUUCUGAAUAUCCUAGAAAUACAUGAUAUUUUAGUAGAUUUGGAGGUUAAUAUGGUAUAUUUUUAAUUAAGCUGCUUAGUUAUCAGUGUGAUUGUCAUUUGGACGGUACUAAGUACAUCCCCUUACUAUAACGACUGAGGACAAUUCUAUAGACAUUUUCAUGUUGGACGCUUUGUGGUUAGUCAUUCAAAUCUGCUGUGAAAUGUGAUUAAUUGGCAUUAUUCCAAAAUAUCUUAUUAUUUUUUAAGAAUGUCAAUAUGUACUCGUUAUACCUAAUUAAGUACUCAUUAAGUACAUUUUUUACUCAAUUGAUAAUUCUGGUGCUACUGAUAACUUUACUCAGAGUAACAGAAAUGCCCACUUACACUAUCAAACUGUACACAGCAACAUUUAUUAUUCCAAAUUGUUCUUCACAAAAAAAUAAGGUUAUAGACUUUUUGUUGAUAUUGAAACAUCUAAGAAUUUGGUAUAUAACUUGUAUAAUUGUUAUGCAACAUGGUACAUGCAUGCAGUAUGUCAUCCAAAGUGUCAUAUCAAAAUUUAUAAAAAAAAGUUUACUAGAUAGAUUUUCCUUGUGGUUUACAUAAUAUUAUCACCUCUAAAUGUUAACAUUGAAAACAGAAGCUGUAGCAUUUAACACAUUCAGAUAUAUAACAUAGCUGCAAAGUCCAUUCCUGGACAGAAAUUUUAACAUUGUUUUAUUUUCCUAUAGCUGUAACAUGAGUCAAUGUGGCUGAGAAAUCCUUGAUCAAUUAUUGUAUGUGUUUUAUUAUUUAUAUAUCUCCAGUCGUUACGACCAGAACCUGGUGUCGGUAUGUGUGUAGGGGUAUGGUGAAGUAUUUACCAUACCGUAGAUGCUGUCACAAUUCUGUGAGAUUGUAAGAAGAGUGCUAUAUUAAUGUUUAGCCAAAAUCUAGUCUGAAACUUUGUAAGUAUUUUUGAUAAUUUGGAAUGUUUGGCCAGAAGGAAGAUGGCUUGGAUGAGAAUAUCUGGCCAUCGUUUGUCCGGUUUGAGCAUCACCAGCUGUGAGUGUUUAGUGUGUGAUGUUUGGAAGCGCUAACAGUAUGGUCAUGUAGAAUGCGUAUAGAUAUGAGUAUAUAGAAACUUGCAAAAAUUAUUUAAGCAAAUGAGACAAAGGGAAAAAAAGUAAAACCUUCAAAACUGAAA